CAUCUUUAUUGAGAUCUAGGGAUGAUGAUUCACGGUUGAAGGUGGAAGAUUAGUGUGUUUAUACAAGCGAAGAAGACAUUUAUUCCAUUGAUCGGCGAGAUAUCUUCACGUCGCCGGAGAACUAAGCCCAUGCUUUUGACAUUUUCGGAGGUAAAGAAGCGGUGAUUCUUGGAAUCGGUGCUUCAAAGACAGGUUGUGUUGCCAGAAAUCGAUGCUUCAAUUUUACUUUUGAAAGCGCAAUUGAGAGAUAGAGAGCGAUGGAGGGGAAUGGGGGCAAAAAUGUAGGUUUGAGAUACAUUUAAAAGGAAGUGUACAUGGAAGUUACAGGAACGUGGGGAGGAAGUUACAGGAACGUGGGGAGGAUACGACGUGGGAGAGAGAGAAUAUAACUUCUAUUACAGUUUUUUAUUUGAGUUUAAAAGGUCAAAAUCAAAAGUUGAUGAGUUUAGAUGGUUAAGAUUAUUCUAAAAAUUGGUUAGACUUAAUGGGUUCCAUAUAUAUAUAUAUAUAUAAUUUGAAAAUAAUUAGGUUUUGGAUUUUUACAUGUAGCCCGUUUAAUAAAGGGGUCGUGUCCGGGUUGCCUAGUUUAAUAAAACUAGUUGUGUCCAUGUUGACCUGUUUAACUCGCUUAUCUAAACAAGUCGGUCAACCAACUUGUUUAGUUAAUUAAACAUAUGUCGAAUCGGUAACCUUUAGCCAAUUUUUUCCAACCUGCCAACCCGAUGAACAUGUUUGCAUCUUGUUUACACCCGUCAACCAUUUUGCCGUAUUUAGAUAAAUGGGUUAAACGGGUCCGUAUUCGAGUUCAACAAUUCAACCCAUUAAUCCAAAAAGUUUUAACAACACUAACCCUUGGAUGUAUAAACAUAAAAUAAACGGUAAUCCAAGAGACAAAAUAUAGUAUGCUGGACGGUGGACUUAUAGCCAUGAAUUAUUUUCCGGUAAAGAUAAUGCUAAUAAAAUGAUUGGCUGGGUUAGCAAAAAAAAAAUUACUCCUUACCAACUCUGAUCACUGAUUGGCUAGUGGAAUCCAGGUGGCAUAAAAGUUAGUUGUAAUUGGAUGAUAAAAAAUAGAAUGGGCGGCGGUGAGUGAGAGUGAUGAAUAACGGGUACUUUUUAUAAAAAAAAAAAAAAAAACGUUACAUGACAAAACAUUAUGUAUAUAAAUACACUCUCACUUGCUUUCUCCUCAUCCACCACUCCAUUCUUUCUUUCCCUUUGAAGAGUAAUUAAUUAAGAUACAAUAGUACCCUUAACUUAUAUUAUAGUCUAACAAUGGGCAAAGACGUUGAGGUUGGUGAGCAUGAGUACAGUGCAAAAGAUUACCAAGACCCUCCCCCGGCUGACCUCUUCGAUGCGGAAGAGCUCACCAAGUGGUCUUUUUACCGAGCCAUCAUUGCUGAGUUCAUUGCUACCCUUCUCUUCCUUUACAUCACUGUCUUGACUGUAAUCGGCUACAAGUCCCAAACCGACCCAGCCCACAGUUCCGACCAAUGCGGUGGUGUUGGCAUUCUUGGUAUUGCCUGGGCAUUCGGUGGCAUGAUCUUCGUUCUAGUAUAUUGCACUGCCGGCAUCUCAGGAGGACACAUUAACCCUGCGGUGACUUUUGGGCUGUUUUUGGCUAGAAAGGUGACACUCCCGAGGGCAUUCAUGUACAUUGUGGCUCAAUGCUUGGGUGCCGUAUGCGGUUGCGGUCUGGUGAAAGCUUUCCAAAAGACUUACUACAAUACUUAUGGUGGCGGUGCCAACGAGCUCGCAGAUGGCUACAGCAAAGGCACCGGUUUGGGUGCUGAAAUCAUCGGCACAUUUGUCCUCGUUUACACCGUCUUUUCAGCCACUGACCCCAAAAGAAAUGCACGAGAUUCCCAUGUUCCCGUAUUGGCACCUCUCCCUAUCGGAUUUGCCGUAUUCAUGGUUCACUUGGCCACCAUCCCAAUCACCGGCACUGGAAUCAACCCGGCUCGUAGUUUUGGUGCGGCCGUCAUGUACGGAAAAGAAAAGGCCUGGGAUGACCAAUGGUUGUUCUGGGUGGGACCGAUGAUCGGAGCCGCCAUCGCCGCCUUCUACCACCAGUUCGUUUUGAGAGCCGGCGCAGUCAAAGCUCUUGGAUCCUCUAGGAGCAUGUGAGUACUUUUGGAAGAAAUUGUACAAAUUUGUGUCUUGUUUAAUGUGUGUAAUUGUCUUGGGGCGCUUGGUUUUUUAAGGUGCCCAAAAUACUUUACUUUCAAGUCCUUUGAUUUUCUUUUGAGUUUCGUCUUCAGUCCCUCUUGUUUGUUGUAAAUUACUAAAUUGUAAUUAUAAUUGAGUGCUUUAUGGCUAUGAAAAUUAUCUUUGAUAUUUUCGUUUGA